GCUCCUUCCUGCUUUCAAGUGCUGCGCUCGAUUAUGCAGGCAAUUACCGCAUCCCGACAACUAUUCCUGGCCGACUCAGCCAGUCUGAAACAACCUCCAUCGUCUCUUUCGCCUUGCCUACCCCUCUUGGCGUCGUGUCAGGCGGCUGCAUGGGCACCAGACAAUUCGAGUCUCAAUCUGGCGACGGGUGCCACUGUACACCGAUACAACCCGUUCCUGAACUCUCUUGCUGAGAUAUACACGGUAUCCUCUGGAAACAACAUAUCGCAUCUCUUGUCGCGAGGGAAAGAUUCCCUCGUUUUCGCGGUCGCGGAGAGAAUCCAUGUCCUCGAAUCAACCAAGAUCACGCAGACAAUCGAAGUCCACAAAUCUCCCAUCACGACAAUAUCCAUUUCCAGCUCGAAUGAUUUGCUAGCAUCGGCCUCGUCGUCCGGUGUGCACAUUCACAAUCUCUCGCUCAACUCGCAUACCGUCCUCCGGGGUCUUCAGCUACCUGCUGGGCAAUGCGUAACGGCGUGCGCUUUUCAUCCUCACACUCGGACACGACUUCUUGUGGGUGCCGGAAAGCAGCUGUUCGUUUACGAAACGACACGUCCUUCAAGUCCUUUGAAGACUAUUAGUCUCAACGACGCCAGCGUAGAUCCUCUGGUCUCUAUUUCUUGCAGUCCCUUCUCGAAAACCUUGGUGGCCACUGCUAGCUCCAACGGAUGCGUUUCGCUUGUCGAUCUGGAGAAGGAGAAAGGGCUUUUCCGCACAUUGAACUUGAAAGUUGAACUGACUUGCCUCACGUUCUCUCAAGAUGGUUCAUUGAUCUACCUUGGAACGGCAUCGGGCAAACUCUUGCUUUUGGAUCUGCGUGCACUGGACAAACCACCCAAGGUAGUGAUCAUAAGCGAGGAUGGAUCCCCGGUAGAGACGAUAUCUGUCCAGAGAAAACUAAAAACUCCGGAAUCGACAGCGAAACCACUUUCUACUGCGAAAGAGCCUGCGGUCACGACGAAGCCUAAGACUCUCGAGGUCAAAGGACAGCAGGAUCCUUCUCCAGCAAAGCGCCGGACCGAAAAGGAAAAGCUGGCCGGCGUGUCUUCCCGCAAACUGCUGUCUCCGCCAGCAAACGCACAUUCCAAGGUCUUGUCCCCGUCAAACGGAGUCAGGGAGCGAGUCCGCAGCCACAAGAAGGAGGAGAGCGUCUCGACUAGACCACGAAAGAUCUCUGCAACCGAGUCCCUUUCAGCGCGGUCAGAAGCGCGCCGGAUGGCCACUUCAACGACUCUGCGACCUGGAGCAGCGACCUCGCGAAGAACUUCGUCUAUAUCUCAGAAAACCCCCGCCGCUGCAGCGCCUAUGAGCCGAACGCCGUCACCCGAUCUUCCCAGUUUCACCGCGCAACCGAUAACGCCUGCUGGCAAUGGCAAAGUCUUUGCCCAUCUACAGACCCCCCAAGAGGGAAAGGAGCGAAACAAGGGGAAAACCGUGCUCUUCAGAGAGGCAGAUGAGCCUGACGCAGAUGAAGAGAACGAGCAAGCGGAGCGAGAAAAAAGUCUCUCGAUACAGAUUUCUCCCCGAAGACCAUCAAUACCAGCAAUGGCUUCUAAUAACUGGGCACCCUCUCCCUUGAGGAACGCCAUACCUGCAUCUCCAGGAAACCCAUCUGCACAAGGAGCGCAAGAAUUCUUGCGAAACAUUGUUCGUGACGUCAUGUUCGAUUUGCACCAAGAACAGAAGGCGGAGAUGGUCGGAAUGCACCUAGAUAUGCUGAGAAUGGGUCGCGGAUGGAAGAAGGAAUUGCGAGAGCUUAUGGAUGAGUAUGUCGGCGAUCUGCGCGAUCUGAGGGAAGAGAACAAGAGGUUGAGGGAAGAAAACGAGCGUCUUCGUCGAGGAUAUUGAUUAUUUGAUUUCAUGCGCACGGACUUCUGUAUAUCCCUACCUCCAAGUGUAAAUACAGGAAUCCAUGUACACUCAUGCCAAUGACAAGGGCAGGACCCUCUCCACGUGAUGGACAUGCGACAAAUGUGACACUACGCGUUUGUGACCGCCCCCCGCUGCUACCAGAUAUCAUGUUCAAGAUCGAGGAGCGCACCCUGUCAGACAGCAAAAACAAUCUUGUCGAACUCCACAAGCACGAGAACUAUCCUUUCAGGCUCAACUUCUACGACAAACCACCACUGUUCGACGUGACAGUAGAAGAGUUCGAGACAUCGGCACUCAACAGACUACGCGUCUUGGCGGAGAUUGAGUCGUCUGCUGCGCGGAACAGGACCUGGGAGGAAACGAAGACGGUGACACUUGCCCAGUGCGAGAAAUACCUGCCCCUCAAGCAUUCGAGUGCAUUGGGUGCGGACAAAGAGGCACAGCGCAGAGCGGAUCACUUGGGUCACUUUGUGCUGAGACUGGCCUUCUGCCGAUCAGACGAGCUUCGGCGGCGGUUUGUCAAGGCAGAAUGCACACUAUUCAAGAUUCGCUACGAAACGGACGACAGUUCCGAACGGGAGAGAUUUCUCAGCUCGAGAGACCUGAAAUCUCAAUCGGUGAGCCCGAAAGAGAAGGAAACAUACAAGGAGCAGCUCUUAUCAUACUCUGGUCGUUUCGAAACGUUCGACGCGGAAAAGUAUUACAAGGUGCGAUGGACGAGCGUUCCGGAUCUCGUAGAGAAGCGCAAAGUAUUCCUGAAAGGCGGCUGGGCGUACGUGCCAAGUCGCGAGCAAUCGAGCAUUGUCUAUCAAGAAUACGAAGAACAUCUCGAUCGAGACCUCAAGGCGACUGCCCGAACCUUGCCGCGCAUUGACGACGAUACCCGACUGAAAAACAUUCUGGACAACCUGUCCCGUGGCUUCGAAGCCGGAAUUUCUGCUCAAUGGAGCUCUGGCCCGGCUAAUGCCAACGGCGAGGCUAUCACAGCUGACAUGGUUGAUCAAUUGGCAGUCGACCAUUUCCCAAUGUGCAUGCGCAAUACACAUCAGAAACUGCGACGUGAUCACCACUUGAAGCACUUUGGGAGAUUGGAAUACGGUCUCUUCCUCAAAGUAUUGGGGCUUUCCGUGGAAGAGGCGAUUGUCUUCUGGCGCAAGUCAUUUGACAGGAUCACCGACGACACGUUCAACAAAAUGUAUCGUUACAACAUACGGCACACUUACGGCCUCGAAGGGAAAAGGGCAAACUAUCCGGCAAAGAAUUGCCAACAAAUUCUGACGUCUGGCGGCGAUCCAGGCUGCCCGUUCAGGCACUUUGCAGAAGACAAUCUCCAGUCUGCGCUCAUGUCUUCAUAUGGGUCGAUGGGGCUGACUUCCGCUGACUUGAAUGAGGUCAUGUAUCAGGUCCGACAGAGCCAUUUCCAUGUAGCUUGCACCAGGGUGUUCGAGAUCACGCAUGCGGGACAUGGCGUGAAGAAGGGUGACGGAAUCGGAGGCGGGGAGAGUGUGACCCAUCCAAAUCAGUAUACAGCAAAGAGCAUGGAGCUCUCGAAGGAGAAGGAAGAGAUCAAGAUGGUGGUAGGAUGAGAUCUCGCUGUACAGUCGUCAUUGUAUGAUUGUAUCCAGUGCAGUGGUUGGACGGAUAUGGAUAGCGCGUCAUCCAUCCUGCGUCAUGACAUCAUGUGAUCCACCGCCCAUUCACGACCUCCACGACCACCAUGAGCGUCCGCCAGAAAUCUCAGAAGGAGUCGCGUGCCGAUGCUCUGCAGCAGUACAAGGACUCGGAGGGACAUUUUUCCCUCGUCAGGAACUUUCGUCUUGCGGACCUUGUGACCAUCAUGAAUGGUGUCUGCGGCUCCUUCUCCAUAUUCUCAUCGGCGCACUACCUAGUGAACAACGACAUCGAUUAUCUGUGGUCUGCAUUGGCCUUCCCUCUUGCUGGUCUCAUGUUCGACUUUUUCGAUGGCAAGGUUGCACGAUGGAGAAAAUCAAGUAGCAUGCUCGGUCAGGAGUUGGACAGUCUGGCUGACCUCAUCUCGUUUGGCGUCGCUCCCGCUCUAUUAGCCUUUGUCGUUGGGCUGCGCACGUACCUCGAUACCGUUAUCCUCGCUGGAUUUAUCUGCUGCGGUCUUGCUCGUCUCGCACGCUUCAAUGCCACGGUUGCACUCAUUCCCAAGGAUGGUGCAGGCAAAGCCAAGUACUUUGAAGGGCUCCCCAUUCCUUCCUCUCUCGCUCUUGUCGCCGUGUUGGCAUACUGGACGAAGCAAGGCUGGAUCGAGGGCCAGCAGGGCAUACCCCUGGGGAAAAUGGUGUUGUGGGGACAGGCUGGAGGACGAGGAGAACUGCAUAUUGUGAGCGCUGUGUUUGGAUGCUGGGCCGCCGCUAUGGUCAGCAAGACUCUACGUGUCCCGAAAAUAUGAGAGACAAUCCUAUCAUACCGAAGUAUAAGCGUACAUCCUCCUACAUAUAUGAAUCCUACUUCCUUGCUCUUCCCUGUGGGGUGAGAAGCAGCGCGUCCUUUCCCCUUUCGGAAGUACAUUCUUUGUUUGGACCGCGUUGUUUACGCGACUCGACUUGACCCACCCCCUCGUCGCCCUAGCAGAUCCACGCGACGAAUCUCUCAUCUUGUUGAUACAACAUACAGCCAAAUGACUUCACGUCCAAAGGAUGUGCAACGGCUGUUUCUUCAGGCCGUGCUAUCGCGCGGAAUUCUUUCCGACAAGCUGGCUCAAACUCUAUGGAGCAAAUGUCGCGAAGCAGUUCAGGAGGACGGCGUUGAGCUCUCGGAUGACACUUGGGAGGAUUUUCUUGUCGGAGUGUCCGACUCCCUCAAUCCUCUCGAUCUAGAGUUCCGCGGUGUCUUGGAUGAGAGCAACGGCCGGAAGAUGUUCGCCAUGGUGAACCGCAAAGACGAUGCGAUCGCCCAGCUCGCUACAGACUACACGCCGGGCGAGAUCGCGUUUUUCAAAGCGCUCAUUGAGCAAAUCAUACUCGCGCCGCGGCAUUCCUUCUCCAUAUCAUCCAUGGCAGCUCUUCGCGAAGUCAGCACACUCAAACCCAAGUCGAAUAUGACCAAGACACAGGCGGAGAUUGUUCUGUCCAGCUUCGUUGGCAAAGGUUGGCUGCUGAGAAGCAGGCGGGGUCGAUACUCUCUAGCUACGCGCGCACUUGUAGAACUGGAUUUGUACUUACGAGCGGCGUAUGCGGAUGAGGUCUUGACCUGUUCGAGACCCAGCUGUGGAGAACUGGUGACCAAAGGUGUCGGCUGCCCUGCUGCAGACUGUGAUGCUCACUUCCAUGGGCACUGUAUGGGCAAGAGGUCUUCCCGGAGGACCUGUCCCAAGUGUGGCAAAGACUGGCCCUCAGAUGUCGAAAGUAUGGUUCCCGUUGGAGAGGGUGCUGUCAGAGACGGCGACGACGGGAAGAGACGAGUGAGAAAGUCGGUCGAGGACAGCGAUGAAGAUGACGAGGACGAAGAGGACGACUCAGAGGAAGAUGCAGCAGAAUCUAGUCAGCCAAAACGUCAGGGCAGGGGGCGAGUUGAUGAUUCUAUGGAUGUCGAGGAGGACGAACAAGAGACACCUAAAGGCAAACGACGAUCGCGAGCGAAUCAGUAGAUAGAUUGGUCAAUAGUCUAGUAUGCCGUCUAUUAAUGAUGCUAUGAA